UGGCCCAAACCCUACAUACGGUUAAAAUACAACAUGGAUCCAAAAGCCCAUAAAGCCACUGCAACCCAGCUUUCUGUAAUUGAAGCUUGAAUCAAUGGCAGAAGAAGAAACAAACACAGCACAAUCAAUGGCCACCUCUCACACAAACAAUCAACAAGGUAUGGAGGCUGGUGAUGACAAGAGUACGGGAAAUGUGAGUGAAGUGGGAUGGUUUAUUCUGAGUGAAGAACAACAACACAUUGGGCCUUAUGCUGUUUCCGAGUUGCGAGAGCAUUUUUUAAGCGGCUAUCUCACUGAGAGUACACUUGUUUGGUCUGAGGGAAGGACUGAGUGGCAGCCGUUGUCAGCAAUACCAGGGGUGGUUACUGGGAUUGCUCAACAAGUGGCUUUUCCCUCCAACAAUGGUGACGAGUAUGAACAAUGGCAGAAGGAGGUGAUGGAAGCAGAAGCACAGGCACAAGCAGAGAUGUUAAAAGCUGACUCCAGCAAGCUGGAUGAUGAUGCUGAAAGACCUUCGACACCCCCAGACGGCGAGGAAGAAUUCACUGAUGAUGAUGGGACUACCUACAAGUGGGACAGGGGGCUUAGAGCUUGGGUUCCUCAGGAGAGUGAAAGCAAUAUAAAAAGUAGUGAGUAUGAUGUAGAAAACAUGACUUUUGAGAAAGAAGAGGAAGUAUUUCCGACAGUCGACGAUGCCAUCGGAAAGGAAGAUGUUACUGUUAGUAGUGAAGUUGCAGAACCAGUGCCUGAAGCUAAGAGGAAGUCACCUGAAAAGCCAGCUGAUAAGAAGGAGCCUAAUAAACCUCCUGACAGUUGGUUUGAAUUAAAAGUUAAUACGCAUGUUUACGUGACUGGAUUGCCAGAAGAUGUUACUUUUGAUGAGGUAGUCGAAGUAUUUUCCAAGUGUGGAAUAAUAAAAGAGGACCCUGAAACAAAAAAGCCUCGUGUCAAGAUCUAUGUCGACAAGCAAACAGGAAAAAAGAAGGGGGAUGCUCUUGUUUCAUAUAUGAAGGAGCCAUCGGUUCAUCUGGCGUUGCAACUUUUGGAUGGGUCACCCCUAAGGCUCGGUGACAAGAAUCCAAUGUCAGUUACUGUAGCCAAGUUUGAGCAGAAAGGGGAGAAAUUUAUUUCGAAACAAGUGGACAAGAAGAAGAAGAGGAAACUUGAGAAGGUUGAACACAAGAUGCUUGGCUGGGGUGGCCGUGACGACUCAAAGUUGUUGAUUCCAACAACUGUUGUUCUCCGCUAUAUGUUCUCUCCUGCCGAAAUGAGGGCAGAUGAGGAUCUACGUGCUGAAUUAGCAGCAGAUGUUGAAGACGAGUGUGCAAAGCAAGGUCCUGUGGAGUCAGUGAAGGUUUGUGAGAAUCAUCCGCAGGGUGUUGUGCUGGUGAGGUUCAAGGAUAGGAAAGAUGCAAGGAAGUGCAUAGAAGUGAUGAAUGGAAGAUGGUUUGGUGGUAGACAAAUACAGGCUAGUGAAGAUGAUGGAUCAGUCAACCAUGCCGCUAUAAGGGACCUGGAGUAUGAUGCCAAAAGAUUGGAGGAGUUUGGAGCUGAACUUGAAGCUGAUUAAAUGCACUUGCUACUUGUAGAGUCAAUCAGAAACAUGAGAGCUGUAUAUGACCACUUGUGACAGAGUUCGAACUCGAAUUUAAUUAUCAAAUACUUUGGUCCCAGUAAAUGGUUAAAAUUUUUGGCAUCUAUUAUUGGUCCAUAGAUGGGAUUAGGAGCCAUUUGAAUCUUUUCAAUGACAUGCAUCUAAGAAGAUUGCUUUCUCAUCAUCUUGUUUGUUAACUUAUUACUCUUUUAAGUUGAUGUGAAAGCAACUUUUUGCCUCUUAAGUGAAGCUUAAAGUUUGACUCAGGUCACUUGUACCUCAGAUUACAAAUGAAAAGUUAGUUUUAAGCUGACU